CCCCGCUUGGCAUUGUAUAUAACCAUUACAUAACCAAGUCAUACGGCUGAGAGGCAUUCAAAGGAAUUGAUAGUGAUUGAGAGAAAAAAAUUGAAAGUCGGAUUUUUCCGUUGUUGCCCUCAAGAUGGCAAAUAUCAGCCCGGCCUGGAGGUAUUGUUUCAAACAAGUGCGAUCUUUCCACUGCUCGUCUCCUCAAAAUGCUGAAGCCAGACUGAAGACGUUCUCGAUAUACCGUUGGAAUCCAGACAAGCCCGACGAGAAACCGUACAUGCAGGACUACAGUGUCGAUCUCAGCAGUUGUGGUCCCAUGGUCCUCGAUGCUCUGAUUAAAAUUAAGAAUGAAAUCGAUCCCUCCCUCACAUUCAGAAGGUCAUGCAGAGAGGGAAUUUGUGGUUCGUGCGCCAUGAACAUUGGUGGCACCAACACAUUGGCGUGCAUCAGCAAGAUCGACAGCGAUGUCAAGAGCACGAGUAAGAUUUAUCCCCUACCGCACAUGUACAUCGUGAAGGAUCUCGUUCCUGAUAUGAACAACUUCUACAAUCAGUACAAAAGUAUUCAGCCCUGGCUGCAGCGUUCGGACGGCAAGAAAGUGGGGACACAACAGUAUUUGCAGAGUGUUGACGAUCGUAAAAAAUUGGAUGGUCUUUACGAGUGCAUUCUUUGCGCCUGCUGCAGUACUUCGUGUCCGAGCUACUGGUGGAAUGGAGAUAAAUACCUUGGACCAGCUGUUCUCAUGCAGGCAUACAGGUGGAUCAUCGACUCUCGAGACACUCAGACUAAAGAGCGAUUGGAUAAAUUACGUGAUCCAUUCUCAGUGUAUCGAUGCCACACUAUUAUGAACUGCACUCGAACAUGUCCCAAAGGCCUCAAUCCUGGCAAAGCAAUUGCAGAGAUUAAGAAAUUACUGGGUAAUGUCAUACAGAAAGACAAGCCGGGUCUCGAUACAACAGCACUGCACAACUGAGUCUCAACUCGAUCGAGUUAUCUAGAAGAUUUUCGACUUCUCAAACUUACCAGUGAUAUGAGCAAUACAAUAAUUUGAUAUUGAUGUAAAAAAGAUUUAAAGAAGGCUAGUUGAUUGGAAAUUGACAGAGGAUGAGGUGAAUUUUUCGUAGUUUUUCAUCUACUUUGUCUGCAAGUAAAACGACAUAAUUAUCGAAAUUAUUUUUUUUAUUUCACUCGCGGCACUCUUCAAGGUAGAAUAAUGUAAUAUUUAUUGAGCAACUGAUGAAUAAACUCUGGAGUCUCGAUUACACUGUAUUCUCUCGAAUAGUUGAGUUGAUCCAAUUGACGAAACUGUAAACCCUCGUAAAUACGUCGGGACUCCCUCGUGCACAGGGAAGGCCGUAAGAUACAAGGCCAAUUUGGUAGCCUUUCGAUACCAGAGGUCCACCAGAAUCCCCCUAGAAUUAAUGUGAAUACAAACAAUGGAUUAAUCUCUCAAUUCACUGAGAGAAAAAAUCAUUUUUGGCAAAUAUUCAUCUAGUUGAGAGGAGCAUUUAUUUUGUUCAAAAUCGUAUUUCUCCAAUCGAGUCAUUCCCUAAUUAGAUUUCAAUUAUGAGAACCGUGUUACUCUAGAGGAUGACUCUGUUGGGUUCCACGAUUUUUCUUCCCCGACAGAUUUUCCUAAAACAAACUCUCCUCUUUUUCCCAUCGAUACCUGAGCAAAUAAUCCCUACGAAGAGUAAAGUGAAUGAAAAAAAAUUAAUACAAGUCAUAAUCAUGUUUAUAAAAAUUAAAUAUUACAAGAACAGUCUACAGAAUAUUACAUGCAAUUCAAUCAGUGAAAAUGGACAAACAAACAAUUUCAAUUACGAAUUUCAUUAAUUUCUUGCAAUUCUUCAUCGAUGAAACAAGACAUCAAUAAACGACCGGGUGAUCGUAAUUCGGUCGAGGCUUACAAAAGAAGGAUAAUCCCCAGUUAUCAUCACAAAAAACAACUGUUUUGACCAAAUGUACGUCAAAAUAUACAAAUUGAAUCAGAAAAUUGGAAACGGAAAAAGUUGGGGAAUAUUUAUCAUAAUUAAAACAAUAAAACUUGAAAAAAUCAA